GUCUGUGUGAUGGAGAUUUCUCUCUCGUAAAGUCUCUCCCAGGAUUUGCGCUCGCCGGAGGCUUUUGCAGCGAAGCAGAGCGGCCAGCUGGACGGAGAGGAGCAAUUGCCACCAGAGAUUCCGGCGGGGAGAACCGAAAGCGGUGGGAAAGGUCGUUUCCAGACGCCCCUGGAGUUGCUUCCAAACACAAGAGAGAGGGAGGAAGACGCCGCGGAGAAACAGCGAAAGAUUCCGCCCUCCCCGCGCCCACGACCGUCUCUUUCUUCUUCUGUCCAACUUUUGCGCAGCGCGGGGCUCGAACCUGCGGCUCCGCGGACUGGGAAAAGUUUGCAGAGCGACCCGAGGGUGCUCCGCGUCUUCCCCCGGCCUCCCCAACCCCCCUCGAUGUUCCUUUGACUCGUGUCGCGCACCUGCACCUUAUCCGGUAGAACAGAAGUGUCUCUGGAUGCCUAGGUGUUGUGGAGAUUUUGGGGGGCUGGGAGGGGGCUCCUCCUUCCACCCCCAUUCAGGAAGAACCUAAUCAUGGCGAAGAGGUGAUCAGCCAGGAACUUCCAUCCGGCCCCGAGGAAAUGCAAAGGUGGAAAUAUUUCAGAAGAGCAGCUUUUUGACUUCUAAGGAAAAGCUGCAGCAAAUCCCCGCUAUACAGCUCCCGGUUCCUCACUUCUUUCCCGGGAGUUCUUCAACAUGGGUGCUCUGCCGAUUGCCCCUGUGGCCUUCAGCUUGACUCUGGGUGCUCUGCUGUGCCGAGUGACCAUUGGCCGUGGGGCCUCGGACAAUGUUCAGAAGUUUUCCUCUCUGCCAACAUAUCUACCUGUAAGAUAUCAGAUCUCCAGCACCGAGAGUUCGUUUUUCCUCAAAGAAACUAACCAGGAAUUCAUGCGGAACUCCAGUUUGCAAUCUCGGAUGGAGACCUUCUUCACUUACAAAGCCAAGAAGACCCCCGUGAUCAAUACUAGUUAUGGGCCCUUCUCUGUGGAACAGGCUGUGCCCCAGGACCUGCUGCCGACCUCUAGCUUUUUUGGAUCCCCCAACAAAUUUACGUUCAAUUGGAAGCUGAAAGCGUACAUCAUGAGUGAGAAGGUCUAUUUGACCAGGCCCAAAGUCCAAGUUCUUUUUUACAUUGUGGGAAGAGAUUGGGAUGACUACAGCAUGACGGAGCAGCUGCCUUGCAUGCGAGUCUUUGCCUUUCGGGAAACGCGGGAGGUUCGGGGCAGCUGCAGGUUGAAGGGUCACCUGGGCUUGUGUGUGGCUGACCUGGAACUUCAGCCCACCUGGUUUAGCCCAGCGACGGUUGUCACCGGCCGCAAAAAAGCACCCAAUCAGUCUGAAGGGAGCUCAGUGGAGCUUUACUACACCAUUCAGCCUGCAGAUGAGAAAGCAGAGUGUACUUCGGAAGACCUUCGGAAGGGGAACGCCAUCCGCCCAGGGAAGGAAGGGUCAGGGGAAACCAUGUCCCACUUGCAGCGAAUUGGUUCCGUCACUCUCUACAGGACCCCGGAGAGCUCUCAGCUGACAGAGCUGUGGCUGGACAGCAAUGUCGUCAUUUGGUUGCCAGCGAAACCCAUCAGACAAGGAGAGGUUGUGAGCGCUUUGGUGACGGUCACCAACAACAUCACCGUGGACCAAUUCAUCCUGAGGGCAAAGGUAAAGAAAGGAGUAAAUAUCCUGAGUGCAAAGGCAAGUGACCCACGGCAGUGGGACGUGACGCAGAACGUAGGAAAUGGUGGGAAACACUCGACUACAACAGUGAUGUGUCAGAGAAUAAUGCAGAGUCCAAGGAGCAGAAAUAAUAACAAUAUGUUCAGCGAGGUGGUGCGGCUGAACUUUGAAAUAGCCAGCUUCAGCAGUCUUUCCGGAACACAGCCUAUCACCUGGCAGGUGGAAUAUCCUCGAAAGGGGACAACAGACCCAGCCCUCUCUGAAAUCUUCAUUUGCCAGAAGGAUCUUGUCGGGAUUGUUCCAUUGGCGAUGGACACAGAGAUCCUGAACACUGCGAUCCUCACAGGGAAGACAGUUGCGGUCCCCAUCAAAGUGGUGUCGAUUGAAGAGAACAGUGCUGUGACGGACAUCUCCGAAUCCGUGGAAUGCAAAUCCUCUGCUGAAGAUGUUGUCAAAGUUUCUGACAGGUGUGACUAUGUUUAUGUCAACGGCAAGGAAAUGAAAGGCAAGGUGAAUGCAGUGGUGAACUUCACCUACCAGUACCUGAGUGCUCCUCUGCAGGUGACUGUAUGGGUGCCACGCCUGCCUCUUCAGAUCGAUGUUUCGGAUACUGAGCUGAGUCAAAUAAAAGGCUGGAGAGUUCCCAUCAUUUCGAACAAGAGACCUACAAGGGAGAGUGAUGAUGAGGAUGAAGAUGAGCGGAAAGGACGAGGCUGCACCCUCCAGUACCAGCACGCCAUGGUGCGGGUUCUCACCCAGUUUGUAGCUGAGGACACCAGCCCGUGGGGACAGCUCACCUAUUUGCUAGGAUCUGAUUGGCAGUUUGACAUUACGGAUUUGGUGACGGACUUCAUGAAGCUAGAGAAGCCCCACGUGGCCCAGCUACAGGGGGGCAAGGUCUUGGCGGGACAGGAAGUCGGCAUGACAAUGGUCCAGGUAUUGUCUCCGCUGUCUGAUUCCAUCUUGGCAGAGAAAACUGUGACGGUGUUGGAUGAGAAGGUGACCAUCACGGAUAUGGGGGUCCAGCUGGUAGCUGGAUUGUCGCUCUUCCUUCAGCCCAGUGCAGUGAGUAACCGAGCUGUUGUGGCUGCCACUGUGGCCCAGGAACUGCUCCAUACACCCAAACAGGAAGCAGUGGUCAGCUCUUGGAUCCAGUUCAGCGAUGGCUCAGUGACCCCACUGGACAUUUACGACCCCAAAGACUUUUCCCUCUCGGCUUCCUCUCUCGAUGAAUCGGUCAUUUCAGCCCACCAGAGCUCUGCUAUGAAAUGGCCAGUGGUUGCGGCAGAAGGCGAUGGGCAAGGCACAUUGGUCAAAGUGGACAUGAUGAUCUCUGAAACCUGCCAGAAGUCCAAGAGGAAGAGUGUUCUCGCUGUAGGCAAUGGUAGCAUCAAGGUCAAGUUUGGUCAGAAUGAUGGCAACUCCCAGGGGGCCGGCGAUUACGAUGCCGAUGAGAUCGAGAACCAUGCGAGCGACCGAAGGCAGAAGGUGUUGGACCAAGAGCGGUAUGGGCAAGACGGGCGGUACCAUGGAAGCCCUUCUGCCGAACGAGAGGACGUUUCCGUAAGGAAAGCUGGCACCACUGCCAAGUCUACGAUCAAAAGCAAAGUCUUUAAGAACAGCCUGGAUGGAGAAAAGCUCUCGGAUGACGGGCAGCUGCAAAACAUCCCAAUCGACUUCACCAACUUCCCAGCACAAAUUGACCUUCCCAAAAGCAAUGGUGGCACAGAGGACAGUGACCUUGUGCAGGCACCCAGGGGCCUCAGUGACUUGGAGAUUGGGAUGUAUGCUCUGCUGGGAGUCUUCUGCCUUGCCAUCCUUGUCUUCCUGAUAAAUUGUGCCACCUUCACGUUAAAAUACCGGCACAAGCAAGUUCCAAUGGAAGGGCAAGCCUCCAUGAGCCACUCCCAUGACUGGGUGUGGCUUGGGAAUGAAAGUGAGCUCCUAGACAACCGAGUCGACGUCUCCCCCCAGCAGAACGAACGCACAACUAACAUAGACCGAGGGAUAGGCUUUGAGGAGAGCAACCAGCUCCUCAACGGCAGCACACCGAAAAGUAUCCAGAGCCAAAUCCACCGGUCAGCUGACUCAGGGGGCAAGCAAGGGGGAGAGCCGAAGCUCGACCCCCCUUUGCAUUCACCCACCUCCAAGCGGAAGCGGGUGAAGUUCACAACGUUCACCACCAUCCCUCCAGACGAUGGUUGCCCCACCAUCAACUCCAUCCUCAACUGCAAUGAAGAUGACAUUAAAUGGGUUUGCCAUGACAUGGACCUGGGGGAGUCGAAAGAGAUAAGAAACUACAUGGAGAAGCUCAAAGACAAAGCAUAGCUUCAGUUGAUGGUUUUUUUUUAAAAAAAAAAAACGGUUUAGCAACCACACCUUGAUGCCUUCAGUUGAGUUGGGAGGGACUUGCGGAAUAAGAUGGAUCUGUUUGUGUGUGUGUGAACUGUUGGGGGGGGGGAACUGAACAGACUUACACACAACAGAUUUAUAGAUAUAUAGUCAGGGAGAGGUAUUUGCUAAAGAUGUUCAUGAUGGCUUGUUCUUAUUCCCCCUCCCCAGAUGGAAUGUCCAGCCAUUUGGAUAAGCUAACCUCCACCAAGCUGGUCCCCUCUAGACAUUUUGGACUACCGACUCCCCUCACCCCCCCCCCCCGGCCUGCACAGCUGUGCUGAUAGGAUUUGGUAGUCCAAAACAUCUUGAAGCCACCAGCCUGGCAGAACUUGGGACAAGAAGCCCAAAGGAAUUGAACUGACUAGUAUGAUAUACUGGGACAAGAUGAGGUUAUGAUAUGGAUGAUUAGGGUGUCAAAGACAAUUAAACACAAGGUACCAAAAGUAUUCUUUUUUUACAAAAAAAGGAAAAAAAGAUAAUAAAAAGAAAGAAAACUUCUUUAUAUUUCUAAUAAAGCAUCACAAAUAUGAUACUGAGACUUAUGAAGAGACUGUCUGAAGGUAAUAAUCAUACGGUCGCUGCAGCUGCAGACAGGAUGUGAUGCCUGGCAGAGGAGAGGAGAGACAAUAUUAUUUUUCUUUACAGUUCGUUUUUUUAAAAAAAAAGAUUGUGUCACAUGCUGUACGUAGGGUCCCCCUCCCCUUUGUUCCCCACUCAUCUGCCUUUCAUACCUUACUUUUCAUUUUGGAGGGAUGCAGGGG